AUGAAGAAAUCAACGCUUCUGUCGCUCGAUGUGUUUGCUAAAACCGAAGAAGAUGUUCGAAUUCGAACCAGAACGGGUGGUUUUAUCACGCUUGCGUGUAUUGUUAUGACAAUGUCGCUGUUGUUAAAUGAAUGGUUUCAUUUCAACAAAGUGGUGACGCGGCCACAAUUGGUGGUUGACAGAGACCGACACAUGAAAUUAGAUCUUUUCGUGGACAUAAGUUUCCCGCAUUUGCCUUGCGAUUUGGUAAACUUAGACAUCAUGGACGCCGCAGGCGAAAUUCAACUUGAUUUGUUAGACAGCGGAUGGAGCAAGACAAGGUUAGACGCAGAUGGAAAUUCUCUUGGAACGCAGAAAUAUGAAGUGGGCAAAGAUGUGUCUGAGCAACUUCCGGAAGACGAAAACUACUGUGGGUCUUGUUAUAUGGCCAGGGAUCAAAGCCGGAACGACCAAGUGGAUCCUUCCGAACGUGUGUGUUGUCAAACUUGCGAAGAUGUUCGCGACGCGUACGCAGAGAAAAAUUGGGCGUUUUUCGAUGGCAAGAACAUCGAGCAAUGCGAGCGUGAGGGCUACGUGGAACGGUUGAACAACCAUUUAUCAGAAGGUUGUCGUAUUGGGGGUCGGGCCAAAUUGAACCGCAUCGAGGGAAAUCUACAUUUCGCGCCAGGAAAAGCAUUUCAAAAUGAACAGGGCCAUUUUCACGACACCUCACUCUACACUCGUACGGGAUCUCUCAACUUCAACCACGUUAUCCACAAAUUGAGCUUUGGAGACGACAUCACACAGACGACCGACUCCAUUCCUAUUUCUACCGCACCGUUGAACAAUCGCGAAGUAAGCCCUUCCUUCGAUACACAUUUUCACCAGUUCUCAUAUUUCGCCAAGAUCGUCCCUACUAGGUUCGAAUAUCUAAGCGGGACCGUCAUCGAGACAACUCAAUUCAGUGCGACGUACCACGACAGACCCUUGAGAGGAGGUCGCGACGAAGAUCAUCCCAACACUAUACAUUAUCGGGGCGGGCUUCCUGGCGUAUUCGUGAAUUUCGAAAUGUCGCCUUUGAAAGUGAUAAACAAAGAACAACACGCCCAAACGUGGUCUGGUUUUGUACUUAACUGCAUAACUAGCAUCGGUGGCAUUCUCGCCGUUGGAACGGUUGUCGAUAAGCUGGCUUACAAGGCCCAGCGGUCCAUUUUCGGCAAGAAAAGUAAGUGA